GGAAGCAGGGGAGUGUGCGGCGGGGCCAGUGGACGGCGCUGCUCGGGGGUCUGUGGCCUCAUUCCCCAAGGGGAGCUAUACCUGGCUGUCAUGAGAGAGACUUUGGAGGCUCUGAGCUCCCUGGGAUUCUCCGUGGGACAGUCUGAGAUGGCCCCACAAAGUGAGCCCAGGGACGGGUCCCACAAUGCCCAGGGGAAAGUGUCCUCUCGGGAAGACAGUGUACUGGGCACGUGCUCAGGGCCCAAGGCUGCUGGCCGGGAGGAAGAGGCUCAGAUGGAACAAGCUGAAGCCCCCUGCAGAGGUGGCCAGGCCUGCGUCCCACAGAAGACCGAGCCCGUAGGCUCCUGCUCUGGGGACGAGUGGAUGAUUCGGAAGGUGAAGGUGGAGGAGGAGGAUCAGGAGGCGGAGGUCGAGUGGCCGCAGCAUCUCUCCUUACUCCCCGGCCCCUUUGCGGCCCCUGAUCUGGGGCACCUGGCGGCCGCGUAUAAACUGGAGCCGGGGGCUCCGGGGACGCUGGCCGGGCUGGCGCUGACCGGGUGGACCCCGAUCGCCCUCCCGGAGAAGCCGUACGGCUGCGGGGAGUGCGAGCGGCGUUUCCGGGACCAGCUGACGCUGCGGCUGCACCAGCGGCUGCACCGCGGCGAGGGCCCCUGCGCCUGCCCGGACUGCGGCCGCAGCUUCUCGCAGCGCGCGCACAUGCUGCUGCACCAGCGCAGCCACCGCGGCGAGCGGCCCUUCCCGUGCUCCGAGUGCGACAAGCGCUUCAGCAAGAAGGCCCACCUGACCCGCCACCUGCGCACGCACACCGGCGAGCGGCCCUACCCGUGCGCCGAGUGCGGCAAGCGCUUCAGCCAGAAGAUCCACCUGGGCUCGCACCAGAAGACGCACACCGGCGAGCGGCCCUUCCCCUGCGCCGAGUGCGAGAAGCGCUUCCGCAAGAAGACGCACCUGAUCCGCCACCAGCGCAUCCACACCGGCGAGCGGCCCUACCAGUGCGCCCAGUGCGCGCGCAGCUUCACGCACAAGCAGCACCUGGUGCGGCACCAGCGCGUGCACGAGGCCGCCAGCCGGGCCCUGCCCUCCCCCGCCGAGGCGCCCGCCACGCCCCCGGCCCUGCCGGCCUCCGCCUCGCCCUCCGGCCCCAAGCCUUUCUCCUGCUCCCACUGCGGCCUGGGCUUCGGCUGGAAGAAGAACCUGGCCACGCACCAGCGUCUGCACCGCAGCGAAGGGGCUCCGUUUGGAUGCGACGAGUGCGCCGCCGCCGUGGACCCCGUCGCCGCCGCCGCCGCCGCCGAGCCCUUGGCCUGCGGCCCCGGAUCCAACCCGCCGGACCCCCCGGGCGCCGGCGGCGGCGAGCGAGCCUUCUUCUGCCCCGAGUGCGGUCGCGGCUUCGCCCACGGCCAGCACCUGUCGCGGCACCGGCGCGUGCACACCGGGGAGAGGCCCUUCGCCUGCGCGCAGUGCGGCCGCCGCUUCGGCUCCAGACCCAACCUGGUCGCCCACGCCAGGGCCCACAGCGGGGCCCGGCCCUUCGCCUGCGCGCAGUGCGGCCGCCGCUUCAGCCGCAAGUCCCACCUGGGCCGCCACCAGGCAGUGCACACGGGCAGCCGCCCCCACGCCUGCGCCGUCUGCGCCCGCAGCUUCAGCUCCAAGACCAACCUGGUCCGCCACCAGGCCAUCCACACCGGCUCCCGCCCCUUCUCCUGCCCGCAGUGCAGCAAGAGCUUCAGCCGCAAGACCCACCUCGUGCGGCACCAGCGCAUCCACAGCCAGGCCGCCCUUCCCGCGGCCUCCCACGCCGCCGCCGACCUCUCGGCCCCGGCCUGGCCCAACCCCACCGAGGUGGCCCCGCCCCCCCUCUUCUUCUGAGCUCCAUCCGUUUGUUCUCACCGGGAUCCUUGCUUGGGUCACAGAUUCCAGGGAUCACCCCGGCCAGAUGCCUCCUGGGCUUGUUGGUACAA